AUGAGCGACGAGGCGACACCUCAUUAUUCCAUGCUCAUCGACCAGAUGACCUUUGGCCUCAAGAUACUUUUCGGGGAAUGCGGCAUACCGAAGAUCGCCUGGCAGAUCGACCCAUUCGGCCACUCGACUGAGGUUGCCCUGCAGUUCGCCGACAUGGGCUACGACGCCGUGUUCUUCGGCAGGAUCGACCACGAGGACUACCGGCAGCGAGUGGACACCAAGACCAUGGAGCACAUCUGGAGGCCUGACACUUCACUAGGGGAAGUUGGAGAACUAUUCACCGGAAUACUGUUCAACCUGUACACCGCGCCAAAUGGAUUCUGUUUCGACACAUACUGCAGUGACGAACCUAUCAUGGACAACCCUAAACUCCACGGGUACAACGUCAACGAGAGGAUAACCGACUUCAUGAGAGAGGUGAGGUUCUGGGCAGAGGCCUACAAGACCAAUCACGUGCAGAUCACGAUGGGUGGGGACUUCAACUACAUAGUCGCAUCUUCCUGGUUCAAGAACAUGGACAAACUCAUCAAGUACAUCAACUCAAAGUUCAACGACGUGAACGUCCUCUACUCCACGCCCGCCUGUUACCUGAAAGCUCUACACGCCGAGAACGUCACUUGGCCGGUCAAGGACAAUGACGACUUCUUCCCCUACGGCAGCGAUGAGCACACCUACUGGACAGGGUACUUCACCUCCAGACCUAACCUCAAAAACCUUGUCUAUCGCGCCAACAAUGUUCUACAAGCGGUGAAGCAGCUGCGAGUUGUGCUAGACACAGAGUUGGAAGAGGAGGAGACUCUGAUGAACCGAGCGAUGGGGAUCGCCCAGCAUCACGAUGCUGUCUCCGGGACCGAGAAGCAGCAUGUCAGUGAUGACUACGCUCUAUACCUCAGCGAGGGGUUGGACGCAUCAGAGAAAAUCUUCUCUGCAGCCUACAAGAAAUGGCUAGGCAAUGACCUGCCGGUGCAGAAAUUCUGCCGUAUGGCCAAUAUAAGCCAGUGCGAGAAAGUUGAAGGUGCCUACAGAUUUACUGUCUCCGUCUACAAUCCAUUGGCACAUCCAGUCACUCAUCCAGUCCGUGUACCAGUCAUACCAGGAAGCUAUAAGGUCAUCGGACCCACAGGAGAGGAGAUUCCAAACGAGCUGGUCCCAAUUCCCCAGGAGGUGAGAGAGAUCCCGGGACGCAACACCAACGCCUCCUUGGAGCUGUUCUUCUACGCGGAGGAUGUGCCUGCUCUGGGACUGAUGUCCUACCAUGUGGAGAGGUUCGAGGGUGGGGUCGUGCCUGUAGCUGAACGCCAGAACCUGAGCCUGCCGGGCCACAACGCUAACCUGACCGCUCCUCUAGAGACCUCCCAGGAGACUCCUGAAGACAUCGAGGUCGAUAACGGGGUCCUGAAGCUGAUCUUCAACAUCUCAACCGGCCAACUGCAGUUCAUCAUAAGAGACCAGGAGACGUGGGCAUUUCACCAGAACUUCUUCCACUACGAGGGUUCCAAGGGCUACAACUUCAACACCUACAACCGGGCGUCUGGAGCCUACAUCUUCAGGCCGGUCAAGGACGAGGUGGAUGUCGUCGCUCCUUACGCCAACGUCUCUAUCUUUAGAGGCAAGCAUGUCAUAGAAGUCCACCAACAGUUUGGGCCGUGGGUGAGUCAGAUAAUCCGUCUGUACCAAGGCAAGGACCACCUGGAGUUCCAGUGGCUUGUGGGACCCAUCCCUGUAGAGAAAUGGGUGGGAAAAGAGGUGAUUACGCGGUACAAGACCCAGCUGAUGACCGGGGGAGUGUUGUACACGGACAGCAACGGCCGUCGCCUGAUGCGUCGUGUCCGCAACCAUCGCACCUCCUGGAACCUGACCUUGACAGAACCCGUGGCCAGCAACUACUACCCUGUCACUUCCGCCGCUGUCAUCCUCGGCAAUCGCCACCAGGUCACCGUGCUCACGGACCGUCCUCAGGGCGCUGCCAGCCUCACCGACGGCGAGAUUGAAAUCAUGCUGCACCGCAGGCUGCUGUACGAUGACGGCAAGGGUGUGUCAGAGCCCUUAGACGAGAUGCAGUACAAUAAGGGUCUGGUGGCACGGGGUACCCACAUCGUACAGCUCAGCAAGACUUACAAGGAGGCCAAGCCCAGGACCAGGGCACCUCCAGCCAACAACCACAGUCAACCUCACCACCACCGCUCCUCCCCCUGUGACACAACCGGACCACCCCCUACAAAUACCGCGAGGGGGGCGGAGCGUCACCGUAUCGGCGCUGUCAACCUCGUCUACGGCCCCCUGCUGACCGUCUCCCGCACAUCCCUCACCGCCUCCGAGUGGUCCAAGAGGUACCGAAUGAAGUACACGGGUAUGCUCCGCGAGCCUCUGCCACUUAAUGUCCACUUGCUCACUCUGGAAACGAUGGACCAACAACUCUCUGCUGGUCCGCUUGGAGCAUCUGUUUGA